AUGGAGGGUGCCUUCAACCACCUCGGGAACCAUCUUCUAAGCGAUUCGGCAGCCGCGAUCAAGGCUGGCGCCGACGACUUAACCGGUAUCGAGCCUGACGAGAGCUUUCUCUACGGAAAAUUUGGCGGCCGUGGUGCCCGUCGUCGUGCCGAUGACGACGACAACCAGACAGAGCUCUACGACGAUGACGACAACGACAGCUUGACGAGCAUGCCCGUUGGGGCUACGAAAGAUUUGAAUCUCGGAAGACCUCAGGAUGAAGACAGGGAGCUUCCUCCUCAUGCUUGCGCGUACUGCGGAAUCCAUUCGCCGAGCUCCGUAGUCAAGUGCCUUGGCUGUAACAAGUGGUUCUGUAGUGCCCGUAGUAAUGCGAGCUCUUCCCACAUCGUCAACCACUUGGUGAGAGCCCGGCACAAAGAGGUUCAGCUUCACCCCGAGUCCACCCUUGGCGAUACCGUGCUGGAAUGUUACAACUGCGGAACUAAGAACGUCUUUCUUCUGGGCUUCAUCCCCGCCAAGUCGGAUACUGUUGUAGUGCUCUUGUGUCGCCAGCCAUGUGCUGCAAACACCUCGUCCAAGGACAUGAGUUGGGACACUUCUCGGUGGCAGCCUCUGAUCGAGGAACGAGCUUUCCUCACCUGGCUUGUUGCCACCCCAUCCGAUGCCGAGCAACUGCGUGCUAGACACCUGACUCCCCCCAUGAUUGCCAAAUUGGAGGAGAUGUGGAAGGAGAAUGCGACCGCGACGGUUGCGGACCUCGAGAAGGCUGCCAGCAUCGACGACGACCCCCACCCCGUCCUGCUCAAGUACGACGACCCGUAUCACUACCAGAACAUCUUCGGCCCCUUGGUCAAAAUGGAGUCCGACUACGACAAGAAGCUCAAGGAGGCGCAGUCUGAGGAUGGUCUUACCGUUCGCUGGGACUACGGUCUCAACAACAAGCACCUGGUCAGCUUUGAACUGCACAAGAUAGAGUCUGGCGACGUCAAGCUGGCUGUUGGCGACGAGAUGCGGCUUCGGUACAAGGGCGAGCUCCGUCCCACCUGGGAGGGAGUUGGCUAUGUAAUCAAGAUCCCCAACAACCAGUCCGACGAGGUCACUCUCGAGCUGCGUAAGGCCGGCAACGAGAAGACUGUUCCGACCGAGUGCACCCACAACUUCUCGGCAGAUUAUGUUUGGAAGGCUACAUCGUACGACCGCAUGCAGUACGCGAUGAAGACCUUUGCUGUGGACGAUAUGAGUGUCUCGGGAUACAUAUUCCACAAGCUACUGGGCCACGACGUCGCGGUUGCACCGAUGAAGACAACUAUGCCUAAGAAGUACAGUGUCCCUGGCCUCCCCGACCUCAACACGAGCCAGAUCGCCGCCAUUAAGGCUGUGCUGUCGACCCCGCUUAGCUUGAUUCAGGGCCCUCCAGGUACCGGAAAGACUGUUACUUCGGCAACCAUUAUUUACCACCUCUGCAAAAUGAACAACGGCCAGGUUCUAGUUUGCGCCCCGUCCAAUGUUGCCGUCGACCAACUUUGCGAGCGCAUUCACCGCACCGGCCUCAAGGUCGUUCGUCUUACGGCCAAGUCUCGUGAGGAUGUGGAAUCGUCUGUGAGCUUCCUUGCACUUCAUGAGCAGGUCCGUAUGAACGACAGCAACGGAGAGCUUGUCAAGCUUGCACAGCUCAAGAGCGAGCUCGGCGAACUGUCCAGCCAGGACGAGAAGAAGUUCAAGCAGCUCACCAAGGCGGCCGAGAGGGAUAUCCUUCACAACGCUGACGUUGUCUGCUGUACCUGUGUCGGUGCCGGCGAUCCUCGCCUGUCAAAGAUGAAGUUCCGCAACGUCCUCAUUGACGAGUCAACUCAAUCCGCCGAGCCCGAGUGCAUGAUUCCCCUGGUCCUGGGAUGCAAGCAAGUCGUCCUGGUUGGUGAUCACAAGCAGUUGGGACCGGUUAUCAUGAACAAGAAGGCAGCGAAAGCAGGUCUCAACCAGUCGCUGUUUGAGCGCCUUGUCAACCUGCGACUGGUUCCCAUCCGCUUAAACAUCCAAUACCGCAUGCAUCCCUGCCUGUCGGAGUUCCCUUCCAACAUGUUCUACGACGGAUCUCUCCAGAACGGUGUAACAGUCAGGGAACGCGUUCGCCGCGACGUGGACUUCCCUUGGCCCGUCGUCGAUAUGCCGAUGAUGUUCUGGUCUAACUUGGGCAACGAAGAGAUCUCGGCUUCCGGAACGUCUUACCUCAACCGCACAGAGGCGUCCAAUGUGGAGAAGGUUGUCACUCGCUUCUUCAAGGCCGGAGUCAAGCCCCUGGACAUUGGUGUCAUUACUCCGUACGAGGGCCAGCGAAGCUACAUUGUUAGCACCAUGCAGAACACGGGCACGUUCAAGAAGGAGAGCUACAAGGAAGUCGAGGUCGCCUCUGUUGACGCUUUCCAGGGUCGCGAGAAGGACUUCAUCGUUCUAUCCUGCGUUCGUUCCAACGACAACCAAGGCAUUGGUUUCCUUUCGGAUCCGCGCCGUCUCAACGUUGCCUUGACUCGUGCCAAGUACGGACUGGUCAUCAUUGGUAACCCCAAGGUCCUCUCCAAGCAUGAGCUAUGGCAUCACUUGCUUGUUCAUUUCAAGGAUCGAAAGUGCUUGGUGGAGGGCCCUUUGACCAACCUCCAGACUUCGCUGUUGCAGUUCGGAAAGCCAAGAACCGCAUACCGCCAGAAGAUGAGCCAGCCCCCUCAGUUCAAUGCUGGCGCGCCCCCCAACGGCACCAACCGGUUCAACGGUGCUGGUUCGACGCGCGACUUCGACUCGGGCUCGUUGAUUUCUUACAUACCUGACGAUGUUUCGUCCAUCCACAGCUCUCUCGGUGGCGCCGGCCUGAACACCACCUACCCUCCCAUCUUCUCGAGCUUUGCCCCCGACCAGUGGCCGGGUCUGCCCGGUGUGCCCGGUACUGGCCGCUCCGGUAACAAGAGGGGAGGACGCGCAACUGAGAGCAUCGCAGGUGAGAGUGUCGCCAACUCGGAGUACACCGAUGCCAGCGCAAGCGUUAUCGGCGCCAAGGGUGUAGGACAAGGUGGUGUCAGCCUGGGCGCUGGUCUUCAGGAUGCCAUCCAUGGCAUGCGCCCCGCCUCGUACAGCCACAGCGAUCGUCUGAAGCACUAUGUUGAGAGCGGAGGUCGCGUGGGGGCCGGCAACGGCUUCGGGCGGCGCUACGAUGACGAUGAGAAGAGCGUCAGCACCGCCUUCCACAGCCAGAUUGGUGGCGGCUUUGACUGA